AUGGCAGGACUUCAAAAUAAUACUUCCAUAUAUACUCAACCCCAUAAUACGGUUGUUUCGCCAAUUCAAAAUUUUGGUUCUGGCAUGAACCAUGUAGGUCGAAAUACCCAAUCACAAGGAUUAUCCACCCUAUUACCUACCCUUACAACGAAUAACCAGGCAGCCUUUAGACAACAAAUGGAUGCUAGUAACCAUGAUAUGGUAGGAGUUCUUGCCAGAGAAAUGAAUACCGUUUUUUCUCCCCUAAUACAGAAUGAAGAAGAACCAACUAUAAAUCAGGUUCGACCACCUAGACAAGCGCCUGACGAAAGGGUCAUAUGGGCAAGACUAGAACAACAACCAGUUCGACAGGAAGUCCCUGAAGAACAACCUAGGAGAGUAAUGAUGGUUAAUAGAGACCAGGAUGUAGACGAAGUAAUUCAUAGGGUUAGGCAAGAAAACAUGAUGGAAAAUAACUUAACUACUAUGAUAGAGAGAAUCAUGGCCCAGAAUGGUCUGAAUACAGGACUUCGACGCCCAAAUUAUACCUUUCCUUUAUCAGAAUACGUCCUACAAACUGAAUUACCAAGGGGUUGUAAAAUCCCUAAGUUCACCAAAUUCUCAGGGGACACUAGUGAAUCCACUAUAGAACACAUAGUCAGAUACAUGACUGAGGCAGGGGAUUUGGCGAACAGUGAGAACCUAAGAAUGAAAUAUUUCCCCAAUUCUUUAACGAGGAAUGCCUUCACGUGGUUUACAACUUUGCCACCAAAUUCCAUAGAUACUUGGCCUCAUUUGGAGAGAUUAUUUCAUGAACAAUUCUACAUGGGCCAAACUAAGAUAAGUCUUAAGGAAUUAGCCAGUAUUAAAAGAAAAUUCAUUGAACCUAUAGAUGAUUAUCUGAAUAGGUUCCGUUUGUUGAAAUCUAGAUGCUUUACAGUAGUAGAUAUGGCCCAAUUAGCAGACAGGGUUCGACAGGUCGAACGUUUAAAAGCUGAAAAGGCCAAAGCGAAUAAGAAUUAUAAGAAAGAAAGGGUUGCUUAUGUAGAAGUCGAAGAUGAGGAGUCUGAAAUCUCUAAUGACCCUUAUGGUCUCGAGGAAUUCGAAGUAGAUUUGGCUGAAUUAAAAGAAGCACCACCUUAUGCUUGUAAAUUACUUACACCUUCGAAUGGCAGGAACCCUUUCGAAACUGAAAAGAAUGAUAGAUUUCCUAAAAAGACUUACACAUUUGAUGUUACCAAAUAUGAUGAAAUCUUCGAUUUAUUAGUAAAAGAUGGCCAAAUGAUAAAAAGAGGCUUCUGUAAAUAUCACAAUUUUUUAGGCCAUAAAACCUCACAAUGCUUUCUUUUCAGGGAUCUUAUUCAGAAUGCAAUUAAGGAUGACCGCCUCAAGUUCGCUGACAGGGGGAGAAACCAGAUGAAGGUUGACGCUGACCCCCUCAACAUUGCUAACACAAAUUAUGUUGAACCUGUCGAAAUCAACAUGAUUGACAUGGUGGAAGUGGAGGCUGUGAAGGAAACAGGAACUGAAGGCUAUGUGCUAGUUGGAAAGCAGGCUACUGAUGACCUAAAUAAUGAUGUUCCCUUUAGGAUUUUUGUCGAAGGUGAACAGGUUGCUGAUGUCGAACCAAAGGCCACUGAAGGUCUUAAUGGGAAGGCAACUGAGGGCCUAAGGAAGAAAUUUGAGGAAAAUUCAAUCGCUGAUGGCGCUAAUCUAGGUGUCAACAUGGUGGAUCUGAACCAACCCCCCCCCCCCCCCCCCAGAGAUGGAGGAAGUGGAGAGGUGUCUGAAAAUAGAGCAAGAGGGAAUGCAGUUUGGCUAUCCCAAAGCCAAUGA